ACCAACACUAGUAAAAAGACCAAAUUCCGUGGUCCGUCAAAAGGAGUUCAAGCCAAAAAGCCUAUGCAUCUUCAGUAUAAUCAAUAUGGAAUCCCCGAUGGAGAAUGGUCAGGAGAAUACGGGAAGCAAGUUGGGUCUUGUGCUGCUAGAAUUAACAUUAAUGUGAAAGAAUAUUCAACGUUAGAUGAACACACAAAGAAGGGGUUUUGGGAGGAGACCAAGCUUCUGUUCCACAUUAUUGAUGAUCCGGCUAAAAGGAGAGAAAAAUAUUUUCAUAUGUGUGUGGCGAAACGCUUUGGAGCUUUCAAGUCCAGGUUAACGCGGCGUUGGAUAACUAAGAAAGAAAAAAUGCCGAAACAUCAGACAAAUGACAUGCCUUGGGACAUCUACCAUCAAAUCACAGAGGAUGAUUGGAAAACAUUUGUGAUAGAACGAAACAAGCCGGAGAUGUUGGUUCGUAGAGAAAAAGCAAGUAAAAGUGCAUUACAAAACAAGCACCCACAUCGCACAGGCCAAAAGGGUUAUGUUAGAAAGAGACCAGAGUGGAUAAAUGAUGGGCGACUACCGCCAGAGGCAGCUUUAACCCUCUCAAGUGGCUCCUCCUCAGUGACCUCAUCACUCACCACAGCGCCAGAUAGAUUUAAGAAGUUUAGAUCAGUAGAGUGGAUCUUGGCUCAUCAAGUUAAAAACAAAGAGGGAAAGUGGGAAGUUGACCCGAAUGAUAAAGAAGCCGUAAAUAUUGCUAAGAUGGCUGUAAGUUUGGAGUACGUAGAAGAAGAGGGAAAAGGAAAUAUUUCAUUCACCCAGGGAGAAGAUGCCCUCACCAAGGCUAUGGGAAAAAAGGAUCACCGUGGGCGUGUCAAGGCAACAGGUGGAGUUAAUGUCGGUUACAAAGUUGCUUUCGGUCCAAUAGACCGAAGUAGUAGAUGUGGCCAUAUUGAACCAUCACCGGAGGCUAUCGAAUCAAUCAGAGCUUCGGUGAGAAGGGAGUUUGAAGAUCAAUUAGAGAGAAAGGUGGCGGAGGCCCUCCAAAACCAACUAGCCACAUUGAAAGCAACCGGUCAACUACACACCCUCUCUACCCCCGCACUUGAUUCUGCUCUUGUAAGUGAUGAGUUUGAUGUUAACCGUGCACUCGUAACCUGUUGUCCGAGUUCAUCGCAGCAACCACGCGAGCUGAAGGCCAUAACUCCAUGUCGUCUUGCCCUUGAGGAUAAAGUUUUGGGUAACAAAGUGAUAGUGGCAGAUGGUAUGGCGUACCCAUUGGAUGGUUCGUUGCACCAACACUUUAGAUCGAUGAAGCCUAGUCAUUAUAAGGUCCAAGUUGAUUGUAUUUACGACGGACAUGAUGAUGACACUCUUCCGGUACCUACUGGAGAUGGAUUCAAUAACUUAGGCAGGGCUCUUGCUAGUUUUGUGCAAUGGCCAAUUCACUUGGUGAUUUUCGAAGAAGACGAGGAGUACUCUACUCCACGCCCAACAAAGAAGUCCAGGAGUCAGAUUUUUGAAGAGGUGGUUGGUAGCUCCAAAGAGAAGAAAAACGAAUUAAUUGUCAAAGAGAAGACAACAGAAUUAGUUGUCAAAGAUAAGACAACAGAAUUAAUUGUCAAAGAGAAGGCAACACUUGAUUUAGGGUCCAAAGAGAAGACAACACUGAAGUUAACGGCCAAGGAAAAUUCAUGCUCAAAUAAGUUGGAGUCGAAAUCGAAGUCGAAGAACUCUAAGACGGCCAAAGAGAUGGUAGGUAGUUGUGAUCGUAAAACUGAAGAAUUUGGCAGACGACACAAUUCAAGGUCUUGGCCCAUCAUGCAAUUAUUUGAAGUUUAUCAUCAAUACGGCGCCCGGUGA